AUGCCUCCUUUUCUUUUCCUUUUCCUUUUCUGUUUCCUCUCCCUUGCGGCUCCUUGUCCUUUUUCUUCGACGCCGGGGCUUUCGAAGACGACGGCGAAGCGUUCGAGGGUUUGGAUGACGACGGGGUCGGAUUCGGGAACUACACCCCAAUAUGAAGAUGGAAUGGACCCAAUCACGGUACAAACUGCCGUUUCUGGAUUAACGCGCGUCUUCCAGAAGGCCCUGAAUGCCUAUCUUUAUAUUCCCUGGAAAUCUUGCCACUCUGACGCAUCCAAAAGGUCUUGGGUGAAAGGCGAACUCAUUCGCUAUGUCAGACUAUCUUCUCAAGAAGAGGACUUCAAAAAGAUAGUCAAGAUGUUCUCAUCUCGUUUACGAGCUCAAGGAUACCCAGGGAGAUGGCUUCGGUCAGUCUUUUCAGGUGUGUCAUAUGCCGACGAGCGCCCAAAAGCACUCACCCCUCGUACUCCCAUACCUGAAUGGGAGAACAAGGGCCGGCUAUAUGUCCUGAAACUCAUUCACAAUCCACUGUGGGACUCUGUAGAAUUCGGUCCCAUAUGGAAAACUCUGUGUGAUGCUUGGGAGGAAACUGGGCUUGGAAAACCCGAUGACUGCUUCCUUGCAUCCUUUAAAAAACCAGAGGCUUUGAAUGACCGAUUGAAUAAAAUCAACUGUGAGACGAUCGAGGCUUACCAAGCUGAACAAGCAAUGACCGUUUGA